AUGACAAUUGAACCCUUGGAUUUACUCCGCUCCAAUCUCGCCCGGGUUCGGAUCCCCGAGCCGACCAAUCGAAUCUUCAAGCACGAAUGUUGCGUUUCCUUCGACACUCCGGUGAUGCUUGCUUUCCUGUGUAUAAAUUUUAAGGCAUUAAGUGAUUUCUGCGUGGGAAGUGUUGAGAAUAUGCCAGAUGUUUUGCUUGUGGCAAGUGAUGAGAAUAUGGCAGUGAGGUCGGAAGGUGGUUUGUUCAUCGACAUGUGCACUUUUCUUGCUUUUGGGAAGGAUUUUGUUGGUUGGAAUUACGAGAAGACUGGCAAUCCUGUCUAUUUGCAUAUAAAGCAGACUAAGAAGUUAGUUCCAGAAGACAGGCCUUCAAAGAAACCUACUCUCUUGGCUAUAGGUAUUGAUGGCGGAUUUGAUAAUAAUGAGCCCGAGUAUGAGGAAACUCAUAGCGUAGUUAUAUUACCUGAGUAUGUUUCUCUUCCAUUCCCUUCUGUGGAAUUGCCAGAGAAGGUAAGGUUGGCAGUUGAUGCAAUCUUACUAGCUGAGGGUGCUGAACGAAAGGAGGAACUUGCAGCUUGGACUGCUGAUAAGAAACAAGUUAGUUCCUAUGCACUGAAUUUACAACAGAUUGACAAUGGUGUUGUUAUUCCACCAUCUGGGUGGAAAUGUGCUAAAUGUGACAAGGCAGACAAUCUUUGGUUAAACUUGACUGAUGGAAUGAUACUUUGCGGGAGGAAAAACUGGGAUGGAACUGGAGGAAAUAACCAUGCUGUUGAGCACUACCGCGAAACAGGCUACCCUCUUGCAGUAAAGCUUGGGACUAUCACUGCUGAUCUGGAAGCAGCAGAUGUUUUCUCCUAUCCAGAGGAUGAAAGUGUCUUGGAUCCACAAUUAGCACAGCAUCUGGCAUUUUUUGGCAUUGACUUUUCAUCUCUACAAAAGACUGAAAUGACAACUGCUGAAAGAGAACUUGAUCAAAAUACUAAUUUUGAUUGGAAUCGAAUACAAGAAAGUGGACAAGAAGUAUAUCCAAUAUUUGGACCUGGAUAUACAGGAUUGGUCAAUAUUGGAAACAGUUGUUAUAUGGCAGCAAAUAUGCAAGUUAUAUUUUCAACAAGAUCCUUCAUAUCACGGUACUACUUGAACCAAAGUCUAAAGAAGGCAUUUGAGAUGUCUCCCGCUGAUCCAACUGUAGACCUAAACAUGCAGCUGACAAAAUUGGCUCACGGUUUACUUUCUGGCAAAUAUUCUGUUCCAGCAUUUGAACAUGAUGAAAAAGAAAACAUGGCUACUUCAACUGCAACUGCUAAACAAGAAGGGAUACGUCCACGAAUGUUUAAAUCUGUAAUAGCUGCCAGCCAUCCUGAAUUCUCAUCUACGCGGCAACAGGAUGCUCUAGAAUUUUUCCUACAUUUUCUUGAUCAAGUUGAACGAGCUAGUGCUGCGAAAACUGAACUGGAUCCAUCAAGGAGUUUCAAAUUUGGUAUUGAAGAUAGAAUUUUAUGUUCAUCUGGAAAAGUUACAUAUAAUAGAAGGAAUGACUACAUUCUUUCUCUCAAUAUCCCAUUACAUGAGGCGACUAACAAAGAAGAACUAGAAUCCUUCAACAAACUUAAAGCAGAGAAACUUGCAGAAGGAAAAGAAAUAAAUGCCGAUGAGAUUGUGCGUCCAAGGGUGCCUUUAGAAACAUGCCUUGCAAACUUCUCAGCUCCUGAGGAGAUACAUGAUUUUUACAGUACUGCUUUGAAGACAAAGACUACAGCACUGAAGACUGCAGGUCUGACCUCAUUUCCUGAUUACCUGGUGUUACAUAUGCGGAGAUUUGUUAUGGAGGCAGGAUGGGUACCCAAAAAGCUUGAUGUGUAUAUUGAUGUUCCUGAUAUCAUAGAUAUCAGUCAUAUGCGGACCAAAGGUCACCAGCCUGGGGAAGAGCUGUUACCUGAUGGUGUUCCUGAUGAGGAAGAUUCAAACAAAAUGUUGGCCAAUGAAGAAAUUGUCGCCCAGCUGGUUUCCAUGGGCUUUAACCAUCUCCAUUGUCAGAAAGCUGCUAUAAAUACAUCAAACGCUGGAGUAGAAGAGGCAAUGAAUUGGUUGCUAUCUCACAUGGAUGACCCAGAUAUUGACCUUCCUAUUUCCAAAGGCCAUGGCUCUACAACUGCGACGAUUGUUGACCAAUCAAAAGUUGAUACUCUAAUUUCAUUUGGAUUUCAAGAAGAAAUUGCUAGAAAGGCUCUGGAGGCAUCGGGUGAUGACAUUGAGAAAGCGACAGAUUGGAUAUUUAACAACCCUAAUGCAUCAGUCUCCAGUAUGGAUGCUACCCCAUCAAAUGCGGCAUCCACUUCCAAUGAUGUUAACCUACCUGAUGGAGGAGGGAAAUAUCGACUUAUUGGGAUUGUAAGCCACAGUGGAACUUCUACUCUGUGUGGUCACUAUGUUGCUCACAUUUUAAAAGAUGGUAGAUGGGUAAUUUUCAACGACAACAAGGUUGGGGCUUCCAUUAAUCCUCCUAAGGAAAUGGGCUAUCUUUAUUUCUUCGAGAGGCUUUGA